CAUCUAAGUAGAAAGUAUGGAGUUCCAGCCUUAGCAAGAAACAUAAAGUCAGUUUUGCGAGAAGCAUUUCAGAGUCCAGCUAGACCAGAUCAUGCAGAGCAUUACAGAAGCGACAAACCACCGCCAGUGAUAGAUACCAGACCAAUACAUGGUGACAACACAGCCAAUACUCCAACUCAGCAAGAGAGUGAUCAAGCAUCUUUAACAAUGGAACCCAGAGCAAGACGUAAUGACAACACAGUGAACACUCCAACUUAA